AUGAACGACUUUGAAAGGUUCCCUGCUCGCACCACCUGCCAGGAAGCUCCAGUCAUCGAGGGCCCACAUACCGGUCGCUACUAUGCUCAUCGGGUCCGUGAAAGCCUCACAGCCCGCGUCACCAGGCUUAUAUGCGCCAUUUUCUUGACCAUUCUUUUCUUUUCUGGUAUUGUUGCUUUCCUCCUAUUGGUUAGCUUACGCCCCCACCGGCCCCGGAUCCACAUCCGUGAUUUUUCGGUUCGGGGUUUGGGUCAAGCCAACGGGUAUGAGAAUGCCCAGAUAAUCUUCAAUGUCACGGCCCGGAAUUCGAACCAUCGCAUUGGAUUUCAUUGUGGUUAUAUGGAGGGUUCGGUUUACUAUAAGGAUCAACAGAUCGGGUAUACCCUGUUGUUGGACCCGUUUUAUCAAGAGCCCAAGAACACUACCAUUAUGUAUGGAGUAUUAAGUGGGACCGCAUUGACAGUGAAUAGCCAGCGUUGGAUGGAGUUUUUGAAUGAUCGCAUGCUUGGCCCGGCUAUCUUUCGUUUAGAAAUAACAUCGAACAUUAAAUUUAAGGUGUCCACGUGGGAUAGCAAGCACCAUCAGCUGCAUGCCAACUGUAUUGUUGGUGUGGGUAUGGUUGGUUCGAUCUUACCAAGUUAUAAGAAUAAAAAGUGUCCGGUCUAUUUUACUUGA